AUGUCUGCGGCUACCGUUGCUUACUCCAAUAUUAACGAGGGCUACCUCAAGACAAGCCACAAUAUCAGACACGAUUAUGCCGAAACAAAAGUGGGCGGUCAAAGCGAUAUUCUGAGUGAACAGGCCAACCGCCAAGGAGCAUACGGAGACUGGCGUGACCAGUUCUUCAAGAAUGGAUAUACGGUCAUCAAAGGUGCCAUUCCACGUGAGCGUGCACACGCCUAUAGGGAGACUGCACUGGAGUGGUUCCAAAAGUUUCCCUUUGGAUUUGAUAUAAACAACAAAGAAACAUGGAAAGAGGAGAACCUACCGGUGCUGAUGAAUGGAGGCAUGGUUCUCGGUUAUUCUGCCGCCCAUGAGAAAUGGGUAUGGGAGGCUCGAAGUGAGCCUGGAGUGAUCGAACCAUUUGCUAGGCUUUGGGGCACAGAUGAACUGCUCGUCUCUUUCGAUGCUGUGAACAUCACUCUCCCUGGCCGUACCGAUCUGAAAUGGAAGCCCUGGCCCCACGUUGACCAGUCUCCAACACGUAAGGGAUUAUCUUGCGCGCAGGGUAUUAUCAAUCUUUCCGAGGCUGGCCCCAAAGACGGAGGUCUACAACUCCUUCGCGGCAGUUCGGAACUCUUUGAUAAAUUCUUUCAGGAAAACCCACCGAAGCCCAAGGCCGCAGACGCUCCUGGCCAAUUUGACUGGUAUGGAUUCACUUUGGAAGAUGUGGCAUGGUUUGAAAGUCACGGGUGCAGUCUCAUCAAGGUCAAUGCUGAGCCGGGUGAUCUGAUUAUAUGGGACUCACGAACUGUGCACUAUGCAUCGCUUCCUGAAAGCGAUACUAUUCGGACAAUUAUCUACGCUACGUAUACUCCCGCAAGUUUGGCUACAUCCGAAGACUUGGCCAAGAAGGUGGAGCUCUUCAACAGGUAUGAGGGUAGCACGCACUGGCCUCAUUGCAAUAUUUUUGGGCAGGGCAAAGCGAUGAGGAAUGGGGCAAUCUGUCCAGGCGAGCGAACCGAGCCACUUGAGAAGCCGGAAUUGACCGAUACUGUCCUCAAACUAGCGGGAGUCAAGCCUUACUAG